AUGGGAUUCCUGUCAUCCAAGCCCAACCAUCAUCCAUACUCCAGAUGGAUCGCCCUCACUCUGAUUUGUCUAUCCCAACUAACCACCCUAACCUCGGCCGGAUCUGAGAUCAUCGAAACUAGUUCGGUUUCGUACUGUUCAGAUCCUCUGGCCAUCCUGGUCGAUACAUUCGAUGUGCGCUACUCCAAGCUGAACUCGACCUUGGACUUUGAUCUCUCGGCAGCCUCGGUCACCAGAGGACUUAACCUGGAGGCCCAACUGAACCUGAAUGCGUAUGGGAUCCAUGCCUUGAAUCUAUCGAUCGACCUCUGUUCGGUACUCUCGGGCGUCCUGUGUCCCCUGCCGACCUACAACUUCACCGGCUCUGGCCAGUACUCCAUCCCAGCCAGCCGGAUCCCUUCGAUCCCCGCCCUCGCCUGGUCAGUCCCCGACAUCGAGGCUGUCUUCACCAUCGAACUCAUCGAUAGUUCCUCCAGGCAAGCCGCCGCCUGUCUCCAAGUCACCCUCACCAAUGGCCUCACCGUCGGCCACAAGUCCGUCGCUUGGGUCUCCGCCGCCUUCCUCAUCCUCUCCGCCCUCAUCGCCCUCGGAGCUGCUAUCAUCGCCCCCUCCUCUGUCCUGCUCACCGCCCCUGCCUCCUUCUUCUAUCUCUUAGGAAACCAACUCCAGCAGAUGGCCAUGACCGGCAUGCUCAGUCUGAACUAUCCCGUUGUCCUGCGUACAUGGACUACUAAUUUUGCAUAUUCGGUCGGCUUGAUCUCGAGUCGGGCAAUCAGUCGAGCCAUUGAUGAUCUGCGAGACCGGACCGGCGGGAACGGGUUCAAGACCACCCAAGACACGGUGGCGUUCAUCUCGCGGCUAUACUCGCCCUUCAACCAACAGCGGGGCACUGUCGACACCCACACAGACACCUCUAGCUCGGCACGGGCCUUGUUUGUCAAGGACACGAUGCACCAGCUGAUCAGUGGGGCAUACCAGAAUGCGCCGGCCUACCACAACAGCACGACCUCUCCUAGCCACCAUCUCGUGGCGCGCCAGGCACUCGACUCCUCCGGCUUCGUCUCCACCGUGCCAAGACCACGUCAUACCGUCCCGGUUGUCACUCGCAAUACCACCCUGCUCGAUCCCGGCCUGGCCGCAUACGUCAAUAAAGUCGGCUUCCCAGUCGAGAAUGCGUUCAUGUUCUUGUUCAUGUGGUUGUUGAUCCUCACGGCCUUCUUCCUAGCCUGUUUCCUACUCACCUCGCUAGUCCUCCUCAUCAUACCCUCCCGGACUCGCUCGCCGUUACAGAAGCUAGUCAGACUCAGUCCAGUCAGUCUAGCCAUCGGACUCCGAGCGCUCCUGUUCGUCUACCCCCCGCUGUCCCUGUUCACCUUCUGGCAAUGGCGCCUCGGCUCCUCAGACGCUCGGGCCCCCAUCUUCUUCAGCAUCGUCAUCUGGCUCGGUUCCUCGGUCGCCCUCGGCUUCAUCGGUUGGCGUCUCUUCCGCCAUUACUCUCGUGGACACCCUUGGAAUUGGUCCGUCGCCCUCGUCGGCAUGUUCAAGCCUGGUAAAUGGUGGCUCAUGGGUCCCUUGACUCUUAUCUCCUUAUUAAGAGCCGCAUUUAUUGGUUUCGGCCAGGGGUCUGGACAAACACAAGUGAUCAGUGAGAUGAUCCUACUAACGAUCCGAUUCGGUCUGAUGGUCGUGUACCGCCCAUUUGGGGCGACGCUGACGAAUGUUGCGGCGAUUAUCCAAGCGACGAUGGGCGUGGUCCAGUCGGUGAUCUUGCAAUUCCUUGUGCCCUCCUUGGAGAUCAAGCCGAUUCCCCGGACGGUGCUCGGCUUUGGGAUGAUCGCCGUACACACGAUCGGCUUCUUGGCCGUCAUCAUCUUUGGAGGAUGGCCAUUGAUUGGCGAGUUACGGACAGUGCUUCGCAGGGACAGAGGCGACCGAUUGGCCGUCGUCGAUCCCGAAGACCGAGAGAAGAUUAGCAAGGAAGAUCAAGACUUGAUGGCCGAGCGGAACCACUCGAUGAACCGGAUGACUCUGACCGACUCCCACGAGCACGACCACGACGCCCGUCUCUCCCAGCCCAGCCCCGCCGAAGACGCCACUCUCACCCUCAACGACGACGACCAUCCGCUUUAUCUCGUCCCUGAUAAUGACCCUCAUCAGGCCCUCAAAGACCAUCGUCUUCAUCACUAG